AUGAAUGGCCAAGGAAAAGAGCACCUGAACAAACCUGAUUUUGUUAGAUCAAGUGAGGAAUAUGCAACGUCUACUGUUUUACGAGUGACAUUUGGCUGGGAAGACGAAGAAUUGCCGAAGAGCGUUGUGUUAAAAACCCCCGCCCAUAAGACCCAGCAAAAUGAUGAAGAGGCAAAGUACCACUACCUCAUGUUUAAACGGGAAUGCAACGUAUACGACUGGACGCAAAAAUAUUCUAAAUUACCAGCGCCGCACAUUUACCACAUAAAACGGCAUACGAAGGAAUUCAGCGGAGUGGUUGUGAUGGAAGACAUUGGAGAACGUGGAGUGCAACAAGACGCAGUAAAAGGCCUCACAGUAGGUAAAAUAUGA